CCUGCAGCGGAGGAGGAAUCGGCUGCAUCACGGUUCACCCUAGCAAACACUACUUUGUUGUAGCAGAGAAGAGAAACCAGCCCAACAUCAUCAUAUAUAAAUAUCCAUCGUUAAAACUGCACCGGAUCCUCAGAGGCGGCACAGAGCAGGCGUACAGCUGUGUGGAGUUUAACCAUGACGGCAGCCUGCUCGCCAGCGUGGGCAGCGCCCCUGACUUCAUGCUGACGCUGUGGAACUGGAGGCAGGAGGAGGUGACGCUGAGCUGCAAGGCCAUUUCUCAAGAGGUCUACCGGGUCAGCUUCUCCCAGUUCAACCCAGAGCUGCUCGCAACGUCAGGAUCUGGACACAUCAAGUUCUGGAAAAUGGCGAACACAUUCACAGGGAUGAAGCUGCAAGGGCUUGUGGGACAUUUUGGGAUAACUCCAGAGACUGAUAUUGAGGGCUACGUGCAGCUUCCUGAUGGAAAGGUGGUGUCCGGCACAGACUGGGGCAACUUGCUGCUGUGGGAUGGAAACACCAUUAAGGCGGAGAUUUGCAGAAACAAGACGCAGAGCUGCCACAUCGGGACGGUUCAGCCGUUUGUUCUUGAGGAAGGGCAGCUGUUAACGAUCGGUUCUGAUGGAAUGGUCCGGGGCUGGGACUUUGAGAAGGUCGACGCUGCAGACAGCAGCGUCAACGGCAGCAGGUUUGAGCUGGAGCCGUUAAAUGAGCUGGAGGUCGGAAACAACGUCUGCCUCUCGUCCGUGGUGAAGAGCCCCCAGCCCGACUCCUCCGUCUGGUUUGCUCAGGAUUCCUGCGGAGCGAUCUGGAAACUGGAUCUUUCUUUCACCCACACGGCUCCCGAUCCAGAGUGCCUGUUUUCCUUCCAUGCCGGGGGGAUCCAGGGCAUGGACGUGUCACCGAAAUCCCACCUGAUGGCCACGAUUGCUCUGGACC